ACAAUCAGUAUAAAUGGCAGAGGGGACAUCGUCUUUGAAGACACGCUCACAUGCCUCAUGCUCUUCAGUACAAUCGUCAGCCUCAUCUACUGGGUCGGCUGCAGCAAAGGCCAGAGCAAAAGCUGAAGCCGCAAAGGCACGCCUCGUCUUUGUUGAAAAGGAGGUGGCUCUGAAGCUAGAGAAAGCUAAAUUGGAGGCAUCUAUAACAAAACUUAAUUAUGAGAAAGAGACAGCUGCAGCUAUUGCUGAGGCAGAAGCCCUUGAAGCUGCUGUUGAUUUGAAUUCUGACAAACAGAGCUCCAAAUUAAGCAUGGAUUUUGCUCCAUUGGACACCCCAGCGCGUACUGAGCAAUAUGUUCUCAACCAAAAUCAGAUUCAGGAGACUCACAGACAGUCAUGUGCUGGUAGUGAUCCAGCCGCAGAGUCAAAGCCUGACUUCAAUAUCUCAUCUUCCCAGCUUAAGGCAGAUGCAACAUCCUUUCUUCCAACUGCAUUUCAAUGUCCGCAGGUUGCUCCACGGAACCCGUCAGUCAGUAAAAGUGACGGACCUGGAGAUGUUAUGUUGGGGCAUGAUAGUGGUCUUAAUACCCAAUAUUACAGAGCUCCAAACAUUAAUCCUUUUUAUCCACAUCCUGCAUAUACAAAUAACAGAAGCUCAAACAUGAAUGACUUUGUUCGAUAUUUAGCUCGUCGUGAGCUUGUGGCAACAGGUUUGUUGCAAUUUAAUGACAAACCACAGAACUACAGAGCCUGGAAACGCUCUUUUAAGUCAGCAACAUUGGCUUUGGACCUGUCACCAAGCGAAGAAAUGGAUCUCCUGUUGAAGUGGCUUGGGAGAGAAUCAGUACAGCAUGUGGAACAGAUUAGAGCAAUACAUAUAAACCAUCCACAAGCAGGGCUAAAUAUGAUAUGGAAGAGACUUGAUGAAAAGUAUGGAUCAGCAGAAGCUAUUGAAGAUGCUCUGUUCAAACACAUUGAAGACUUCCCAAAAAUAACUAACAGAGAUUACUCCAAGUUGACAAAGUUAGGUGAUCUUUUAAUGGAGCUCCUGUCAGCUAAAUCUAAGGGAGAUUUACCUGGACUGUCUUUCCUUGACACAGCCAGGGGCGUGAACCCAAUAGUGCUAAAGCUACCUUAUCGUCUACAGGAGAGAUGGGCGACGGUUGGAGCAUCCUACAAACAACAAAAAUGUGUUCAAUAUCCUCCCUUCUCUUACUUCGUGGACUUUGUGUGUCAGGAAGCAAGGAUUGCCAGUGAUCCAAGUUUCAACUUCGUUUCUCACACAGACACAGCUCAGAUAAAUAGAGCACCUCCAAAAUCAAACAAGUUUAAGGAGGUCUAUGUUCACAAGACUGAAAUCUCUCCUCAAGGUUACAGAGAUGCUGACACAACAUUAAAACCUAAUGAAUGUGACAAAAUGUGCCCCAUACACAGAAAACCUCACCCUCUUUAUAAAUGUCGCGCAUUUAAGGAGAAAUCCAUUAACGACCGUAUGGCACUGCUAAGGGAGAACAACAUUUGUUUUAGGUGUUGUUUGUCAUCCACACAUAUUGCAAGGAAUUGCAGAGUCAAACUGCUCUGUGCAGAGUGCAAAAGCGAGGAGCAUCACACAGCACUUCAUCCAGAUCCCAGAAGUUAUGUUGACCCCCAACCACAGCAUGGCGGGGAGGAUGAAAUAACCACAAGUCAGCCUCAAGUAAAUUCGAAGUGUACAGAAAUCUGUGGCGGAGAACAGACAAAUCGAUCCUGCUCAAAAAUAUGCCUUGUAAAAGUGUAUCCAGCUGGCUGCAGAGACAAGGCUGUGAAACUGUAUGCGAUUCUGGAUGAACAGAGCAACAGGUCACUUGUGCGAUCUCAGUUUUUUGAUGUGUUCAAUGACCGAAGUCCAAGUGCUCCCUAUACACUGAGAACAUGUGCUGGAGUUAGGGAAGCAGCUGGAAGAAGAGCUAGUGGAUAUGAAAUAGAAUCUUUAGAUGGAAAUGUCCGGAUCCUAUUGCCAAGUCUUAUAGAAUGUAAUGACAUUCCUAACAACAGAGACGAAAUCCCAACCCCAGAGGUGGCCCGUCACCAUCAGCACUUGAAAUCAUUGGCUCAUCUGAUCCCNAAUAUUGACCCACAAGCCCAGAUUAUGCUGCUGCUUUGUCGAGACCUUAUCAGAGUUCAUAAGGUACGUAAACAGCUGAAUGGCCCACAUGAUCUGCCAUAUGCUCAGAAACUUGACCUUGGGUGGGUUAUCAUUGGGAAUAUAUGCUUGGGCAGCAAUCACAUGCCUCAAACAAUCAACACCUUUUACACCAAAACCACAGAAACGACACGCCCUACCCUCUUUGAACCUUGCCCCAAUGUGUUCUGCAUCAAAGAGAAAUACAGCAGUGAGUACAUCCCAACCCAUCCUUCACUCUUUGCCGAGAUGGACCCAGAGUGUUGUGCUGAUCAUCUUGGAUGUGCUGUGUUUAGGCAGACUAAAGAGGACAACCAGUUGGCUCCUUCAAUUCAGGAUGCCCUUUUUAUGAAAACAAUGAAUGAGGGUCUACACAAAGAUGCAAACAACAGCUGGGUUGCACCGUUACCCUUUAAACACCCACGUCAGAGGCUUCCCAAUAACAAGCCCCAAGCAUUAAAACGCCUCAUCUCACUCAAACAAAGCUUCAGAAGGAAGCCAGAAAUGCGAGAACAUUUUCUAAGCUUCAUGGAGAAGAUGUUUGUAAAGGGCCAUGCAGAAAUAGCUCCUCCAGUGACAGCAGAUGAAGAGCAGUGGUACUUGGCCAUAUUUGGUGUGUACCAUCCAAAGAAGCCCAACCAAAUUCGAGUUGUAUUUGACUCUAGUGCUCAGUAUGAAGGUGUUGCACUCAACGAUGUGCUGCUAACCGGGCCGGACCUGAACAACUCACUUUUGGGUGUACUACUGCGCUUUCGAAAAGAAGCAGUGGCUUUCACAGCAGAUAUAGAACAAAUGUUCUAUUGCUUUUAUGUGAGGGAAGAAGACAGAAACUUCUUAUGUUUCCUGUGGUUUCAGGACAAUGAUCCCAGUAAGAACAUUAUAGACUACCGUAUGAAUGUCCAUGUCUUCGGAAAUAGACCCUCACCAGCAGUGGCUAUUCAUGGCCUCCAUCAGUCUGUACAAGACCAAAAGUUCAAAGUUGACGCAGAUUUCAAGAACUUUGUCACACGUGAUUUCUACGUAGAUGAUGGUCUUAAAUCCCUGCCUACAGUUGAAGCAGCGGUAAAGUUGUUGAAAAGGACUUGAGAUGUUCUCUCUAAGUCAAAUCUUAGGCUACAUAAGAUUGCCUCAAAUAGAAAGGAAGUCAUGGAAGC